GCUUUCCUUUGUUUUUUUGAACUUUCACACCGUCGCGUGUAUGCUUGUGGUAAACCUGAAGUGAAGCAACGUGGAUAGUACAUUUAAAUGACUUUUUAGUCAUUAAAGUACGCGUCGGCCCCAUUGAGCAAUUAAAUGUCCUCUUCGCAUUGGAUUGUAUGAAUUGAUUCUUCGCGACACACACACGAUGGGGAAGGCACCCAAAAAGCACAGCGUGGCCGACAAAGUUCGCAAAGUUAAGACCUCGGCCGAGAUCAAGAACAACCCUUUUGAGGUGAAAAUCAACCGCAAGAAAUUCGAUGUGCUCGGGAGGAAAAGUAAACAUGAUGUGGGCCUUCCUGGAGUGUCCCGCUCCAAAGCCAUCAACAAGAGGAAGGAGACACUCCUGAAAGAGUACAGGCAAAAGAACAAGAGCAGCAAGUUCAUAGACAGGCGUUUCGGGGAGUAUGACUCCAAAAUGGCGCCCGAGGAAAAGAUCCUGCAGAGAUUUGCCAUGGAGAGACAGCGCGCCAUUGAGAAGAAGGACAUGUACAACUUGAACGAGGAGGAGGAGCUGACUCAUUAUGGACAAUCUCUGUCCGAAAUGGAGAAGUUCACUGACAUGGUGAAUAGCGACGAUGAGUCGGAGGAGAAAGGACGUUUAUCGGCCGAGCUGACGGCCUCUCACUUCGGCGGCGGCGGGGGCCUCUUAAGAAAGAAGAGCGCCGGGGAGCACCCAGACGACGAGGGAGGCCCAAAGGCCAAGUCAAGGCAGGAGCUGAUCGAGGAGCUCAUCCACAAGUCCAAACAAGAGAAGAGGGAGCGGCAGGUGCAAAAGGAGGAGGCACAGGAGCUGACGGAGAAACUGGACCAGGACUGGAAGAGCAUCCAGACGCUCAUGGUGCGCAACAAGCCCAAAGCUCAGCGGGACGAGACUCCAGUGGAGAAACCAAAGCUGGAAGAGUACGACAAGAUGGUGAGGGAGCUUGGCUUCGAAAUGAAGGCCCAGCCUUCCGAGAAAAUGAAGACCACUGAGGAGCUCGCCAGGGAGGACCGGGAGAAGCUGCAGAAACUGGAGGCGGAUCGACUGAGGAGGAUGAUGGGUGAUGAAGAGCCAGAGGUAGCACCGAGUCGCAGUCACGUGUCGGCCGACGACCUCCAUGACGGCUUCAUCCUGGACAAGGAUGACAAGAAAACUUUAGCCUAUCAGGAUGGCAAAUGGAAUCUUGACGAGGAGCCAGUUGAAAAUGGAGCAGAAGGUGAAGAAGAAGAAGAAGAAGAGGUCGGUGGUGGCAGCAAUGAGGAAGCUGAAGAAAUGGUGGAUGAUGCCAGCAGUGAGGAAGAAGAGGAGAAAGAUGAGGAGGAGGAGGAAGAAGAAGAAGAAGAAGAAGGGGAGGAGGAAGAAGAAGAUGGGGAGAAGGAAGAGGACGGUCAUUCCGACUUGGAGUCGGAGCAAGAAAGUGACGAAGAUGAGGAGGUCAAACCGAAGAAGAGCACAGAGGAGAGAAAGGCCCAGCAGGAAGCAGCGAAAGCUGAACUUCCAUACACAUUCACUGUUCCAGAAAGCGCCAAAGAUCUUGAAAAGUUACUUUGUGGCCACACCCCUGACAACCAGCGCCUCAUCAUGGCCAGAACUCAGAAGUGCAACCACCCCAGCCUGGCUGUGGGCAAUAAGCUCAAACUGCAGAAACUGGUGGGUCUUCUGUUGGAUUACCUUGGAGAACUGGCCUGCCGGAGUCCGCCUGAACUGACCACGAUUGACAAGCUAAUUCCAGAGGUGUACAGCUUGUGUCAGAUGUUUCCACAAGCGGCUUGUAAGUCCAUGCAGACCAUCCUCGGAGAUGCUGCGCACAGCAUGGAGGAAGUGCUUGAAGUCAAAGGGAAUGCUGCCUUCCCAACACUCGACGUGCUCAUUUACCUGAAGGUGGCGGCGCUGCUGUUUCCCACGUCAGACUUCCGACAUCCCGUCACCACACCAGCGCUGCUUUACAUCGGCCAAGCUCUCACCAAGUGCCCGGUGAGGUCAUUAGAGGACGUGACGUCGGGUUUAGUGUUGUGCUGUCUCGCGGUGGAGUACGUGUCUUUUUCCAAACGCUUCCUGCCCGAGCUCAUUAACUUCCUGUCCGGAACGCUACACCUGGCCGUGCGGGACAAAACCACUGCAGGUUACAGCGUCGUGCCACCUUUUCGAAGCACGGGUAAACACAGCAAUCUGCUGGUGCUGUCGGACCCGGAAUCUUGGAAGAGCUGGAGCAGGAAAACCCUGCCUCUGUCUGCCACACAGCAACUGGCAUUGAAGAAUGAUGUGGACGCAGAUCACUACAGGUUGACAUGCGUGUACACGUGCAUGGAGCUGCUGAACAAAUGCUGUGCGCUCUACAAAGACCUGGUUUGCUUCACGCACAUCUUUCAGCCAAUCACAGCGCUGCUCUUGCAACACCUCUCCUUCACCUUGUUAUCGGAGCCUUUAAAGGAGCUUCGAACGGCGAUCCUGGAGGUCCUCGGCGCCGCUCCGCUCGCCCGCAGCCGUCUGGUAUUCGAUAAGAAGAAGCCUGUCCCUCUGAAGCUGUUCACGCCCAAGAUUGUGCAAGUCUUGGACUACGGGAAGAAGCGGGGCCAGACGAGAGAGCAGAAGGAAGAGCACAGACUGCGACACAAAUACAAGAAGGAGUUCAAGGGAGCGCUGAGGGAGAUCAGGAAGGACACGCGCUUCCUUGCCAGCGAGAAGCUCGACGACAUCAUGAAAAGGGAUGCGGAAAGGAAGAGGAAGGUCAAGGAACUCUUCGGCAGCUUGGCUACGCAGGAGGGAGAGUGGAAAGCUCUCAAGCGGAGAAAGAGGAAAUGAGCGCUCCCACCUCACAAGGACGAUGCUUUCACUUUUUUUGUUUGAUGACACUUCUGGUGUCAACUCCACACGUACGGCAAACGUGCGACAAUGCACAAUCCCUCGUGUUCAUAAA